GAUGAGCUCAAACCACAGUGCGUCUAUCACAAAAAUGCUUCUCUUUGUUGUCCUCUUACAGAUUUGGUGUCGCCCUGCCAUGGCUUCGGCUUCAACAGUAGAGUUUCUUCCUGGCUUCCAUGGAUCCCUUCCUUUCCAUCUUGAAACUGGGUAUGUGGGAGUUGGGGAAGGAGAAGAAGUGCAAGUUUUCUAUUAUUUUAUUAAGUCAGAGAAUAAUCCUCAAGAAGAUCCUCUCCUUCUUUGGCAAUCUGGGGGUCCUGGUUGCUCUGGCUUCGUCGGACUUGUCCAUGAAAUAGGUCCACUUGCAUUUAUAAACCAACAAUACAAUGGGAGCUUGCCUAGCUUAGUCUUGAGGUCUCAGUCAUGGACUAAGGUAAGUAGUAUUAUCUUUGUAGAUUUACCUAUUGGAUCAGGCUUCACUUACACCAAAGCAAAAGGAGUUGUUGAGCAGAGUGAUUGGACCCUAAUUCAUCAUGCCCACCAAUUCUUGAGGAAGUGGCUGAUCAAUCAUCCGGAAUACAUGUCACAUAAAGUUUAUCCAGCGGGUGACUCCUAUGCUGGCAUUCUUAUCCCAGCCUUGUUUCAAGAAAUUUCACAUGCCAAUGAAAAUGGGGUUCAGCCACGGAUAAAUAUCCAGGGAUACAUACUGGGGAAUCCAGUGACAACAAAGCUUGAAAUAAAUUAUGCAAUCCCCUUUGCUCACGGAAUGGGACUCAUCUCUGAUGAACUUUACGAGUCAUUACAGCAGAACUGUAGAGGAAAUUACCAAAACAUAGAUCCCAGAAACUUGUUAUGUCUCAGAGAUUUCCAGUCAUUCCAAGAGUUAACUGCAGAAGUGGAUCAUGCUCAGAUUUUGGAACCAGCCUUUUGUGGUUAUGAUUUAAACUCGAUGCCCCAGGGAAGUACUAUUCUGAAGAGAUCCCUAACCCAGAAAGUGAAGGCCAGUGACUAUACCGCAUCAAGAUGUCGGAGAUACGAAUAUUUUGAAGCUGUAUAUUGGGCCAAUAAUGAUGACGUUCGCCAAGCACUCCAUGUUCGAAAGGGGACUGUAGGACAUUGGGAGCGUUGUCGUAAUAUUACAACUUACAAGUUUGAUAUCAAUAGCAGCUUUCAUUUUCACGUAAAUCUCAGUGCAAAAGGCUAUCGUUCUUUGAUAUACAGUGGGGAUCAUGACAUGAUAGUUUCUUUCUUAUCAACACAAGCAUGGAUCAGAUCUUUGAAUUACUCCAUUGUUCAUGACUGGAGACCUUGGCAUUUCAAUAGCCAGGUUGCUGGAUACACGAGGACGUACUCCAAUCGAAUGACAUUUGCAACUGUCAAGGGUGCAGGACAUACAGUUCCAGAGUUCAAACCUGAAGAAUGUCUUGCCAUGUUCAAGAGAUGGAUAGCUAACGAGAAUCUCUAGCAAUACUGCUAUCUUGUGAUGUAGUAUGUACCAAAUUGACUUUUGAUUCCAGAUUAUUGUGUUGAUACUAAUUUAAGAGUAGAGUUAGUACUUUUGCAUAGGUACCGAAGUAAUUUGACUGGAGUAAAGAAGCUAUGUCUCUGUAAU